AUGCGGUAUGUAGAACACCGUAUCCCAUCGGACACCGGCAUCAAUAAGGACGGUGAUAUUGAUGCACGUGCGUUUGGUAGCAUGGUGCAUACUGGCCUUGCACUGCAUUGGGAGGGCGCAUCACCAGAUGCCCUUUUCAAGAGUUUUACACCGGUCACAGUGCGCGAACGCUGCGCGGUGGCGAUGGUCAGCAGAUACGCCGAAACAUACCCGCACGAUUUAGAGCAAUAUGCGGUGGAAGCCAUCGAGGCACAGUUUGAUACCGAACGCUAUAAAGGGCAGGUGGAUGGUAUCAUCAUUGACAAGGCCACCGGCGAACGAAUGCUAUUAGAGCAUAAAACCGCACUGGUGAUAAACGAUGAAGCCUUUGCCACAUACCGUGAUAAACUGGCGAUGGACCUGCAAAUUCGCUUGUACUGCCAUGCGGUAGGCGUCAAAAAGGUGCUGUAUGAUGUACUUAAAAAGCCGUACAUCCGCAGACGCAAGGCCGAAACCGACGACGAAUUUGUGCAGCGUUACGCAGACGGCUGCACUUUUACACGGUUUGUGAUUGAUUUGACUGCCGACGAUAUUGCAGACGCUAUGGCCGAUGCAGAUGCCGUCUAUACAGCAGUAGAGGCAGGCCGCUUUUGCAAGUCGCGCAACAACUGCAACAUGGGCUUCAAAUGCGAUUACUUUGAUUUGUGCGCAGGCAAAAAGACCAUAGACGACUACACACUCAAGGAUGCAAAUUGCAUGGAGUUUGAGAAGUGGUACGAGGAAAGCUCACAAGCGCAACGUCGUAGAAAAAAGAUCGCCGAAUGCCAAGACAAGCUGACUGAGCUACGCUCACAGGAACGCGAUGCCAGGGAGCAGUAUAUGCGCGAGCGUGAACUCAUCACACGACGUGAUGUUUUGAUAUUCAUGCUGGAAGACCUGGACAACAUGGUGGGCGAUGUUGCAGCACAGGAGGAUUAA